GGUGAUCCAAAACUGAGGAAUUGUGUGCCUUGCAGCAAUGUCAGCAGAUGCUGUUGCCAUCCCAGAGAACAUAAAUGGUAACAGUUACAGCCAAGAAAGCAAGCCUUCAAAUCUACGAGCGUCGGAGAAGAAGUGUUCAUGGGCCUCUUAUAUGACUAACUCACCAACUCUGAUUGUAAUGAUUGGUCUUCCUGCAAGAGGCAAGACUUAUGUAUCCAAGAAAUUAACUCGCUACCUCAACUGGAUUGGAGUGCCUACAAAAGUUUUUAAUUUAGGGGUUUAUCGUCGUGAAGCAGUUAGAUCAUAUAAAUCAUAUGAUUUCUUCAGACAUGAUAAUGAAGAAGCCAUGAGGAUUAGAAAACAAUGUGCCUUGGUGGCCCUUGAAGAUGUGAAACUUUAUCUCAUGGAAGAGUCUGGCCAGAUUGCUGUCUUUGAUGCAACCAACACAACACGAGAAAGACGGGAUAUGAUUUUAGCUUUUGCCAAAGAACAUUCUUUUAAGGUUUUUUUUGUGGAGUCUGUCUGUGAUGACCCCGAAGUCAUUGCUGCCAAUAUAUUGGAUGUUAAAGUCUCCAGUCCAGAUUACCCAGAAAGAAACCGAGAGAAUGUGAUGGAAGAUUUUCUGAAGAGAAUAGAAUGUUAUAAAGUCACCUAUCAACCCCUUGAUCCAGUUGAUUAUGACAAAGACCGUUCUUUCAUAAAAGUUAUCAAUGUUGGGCAGCGCUUUCUGGUCAACCGGAUCCAAGACUACAUCCAAAGUAAAAUUGUCUAUUAUCUCAUGAAUAUUCACAUUCAGCCACGCACAAUUUAUCUCUGUAGACAUGGAGAAAGUGAAUGCAACCUUAUUAGAAAGAUAGGUGGAGAUUCGGGCCUGUCAACACGUGGGAAACAGUUUGCUGAGGCUUUGAAAAGGUUUAUCAAAGAGCAGGAGAUUAUGGAUCUGAAAGUUUGGACUAGCCAGUUGAAAAGAACCAUCCAAACAGCAGAAGCCUUAGGAGUGCCGUACGAGCAAUGGAAGAUACUGAAUGAAAUUGAUGCAGGAGUAUGUGAAGAAAUGACAUACGAAGAGAUUCAGAGAAAAUACCCAGAAGAGUUUGCACUUCGAGAUCAAGAAAAGUACCUUUACCGCUAUCCUGGAGGAGAAUCUUACCAAGACUUGGUCCAGCGCUUGGAACCUGUAAUUAUGGAACUGGAACGUCAAGAGAAUGUCUUAGUUAUUUCUCACCAGGCGGUUAUGAGGUGUUUAUUGGCCUAUUUUCUUGACAAGAGUGCAGAUGAAUUGCCUUAUUUAAGAUGUCCUCUACAUACCAUCUUUAAGCUUACACCAGUUGCUUAUGGCUGUAAAUUAGAAAUGAUUUCUCUGAAUGUUGAAGCUGUAGAUACCCACCGGGACAAGCCAUCUACAGUGAAUAACCUUCCAAAGAGCCAAACCCCUGUAAGGAUGAGAAGGAACAGCUUUACACCACUAGCCAGUCCGGACACAGUAAAACGGCCUCGCAAUUACAGUGUUGGGAGUCAACCUCUCAACCCGGCAGGAUCCCUGCUGUUCCAGGAGGCUCAAGAUCAACAAAAGCUUCAAGAGAGUGUUCAGGCGCUUCAGAUGGAAAGUCCUUACAUGUGAGUAUCAUUAAGAACAGCUUACAUGUCUCAUAUGUUUUUGAUUAACAGACAUUUUCCAAGAAAAGAAGAGAACUUUAGAAGAAAAGUUUACAUAAAGAGAAAGUACUGUAUGAAAUCAUCUUAGUGAAAAUUA